AGAAGGAGCACAAUGAGGGCUCUUUUAACAGUAAUUUCUAUAUUUUGUUCUUUAUUCUCUGUAACUGAUGGAUAUUCGAAAUACUCAAAACCUUUAGAGAUAAUGAAACCAGACUCGAACGGUGUCUAUGCAUAUGAUAUGAAAAUUAGUAAGAAAUUAACAAUGGCCUACAAGAAUGAUAAUCCGGCAAAGCACGCAACUCCAGUCGACUAUGAUUAUAAAACUCAAACAUGGUCAAAACGUGAGCCGAAUCAACUGAUGGAUUGUUUCCAAAACUAUUCAUUUAACCAUAUUUCGGAUCCAGGAGAUGCAAAUAGAAUGGAAGAUGUUUUGGUGGUUGAUGGAUUGCAUAAACGAGUUAUAUCGAUUAACGGAGAUAUGCCUGGAGCACCAGUUGUAGUUCCAUACAUGUCAGAAGUAUGGAUUCGUGUCUCUAAUCAGAUCCUUAUGGAUUCAAUGACAAUUCAUGUUCAUGGUAUUGACAAACAUGGAAUGUGGUACAUGGAUGGAGUUGCUUUUGUUCAACAAUGUCCAAUUCAAAGUACAAAUAAAUUUGAGUAUAGAUUUAUUGCUGAUAACAAGGGAACUCAUUGGUAUCACGGACAUAUGCAAACUGAUAGAGGAGAUGGAAUUGCUGGAGGAUUCAUUGUUGUUGAUCAGAAUGAUACAUCAGUUCCAACAUUGGAUGAUCGGAAGCGAAUUGUUCCAAGCCGUGAAUACUUCUUUUUGUUGCAGGAUUGGGCGACAAAAGUUGGAGAAGAAGCUUGGAUGCAAUUGGAAGAUAAAACUAUGAAAUGGAUGUAUGGAUAUGAUGACUUUACAAAAUGUUGGGAGCCAACUAGAACUUCCGAUGGAGGAAAUGUCGGAGGAGCUGUACCAAUUUCUGCAAUUCUUUUGAACGACAAGGGAUGGUAUGAUCAUGACAUUAUCAAAUCUCAACCAUUCAAUCUUCCACUUGAAAGAUUCCAAAUUAAGCCAAACGAGGAUAUUCUUUUCCGUAUUGUAAACGGAGGAGUUGCUCAAGAGCUUAUGCUAUAUGUUGAAGGGCAUCCAAUGACUGUAGUUGCAGCUGAUGGUGAUGAGGUUGUUCCGAUGAAGGUUGAUCGUCUCAUCGUUUUCCCAGGAGAAAGAUAUGACAUUUUGAUUAAAGGAUUGGCAACACCCACCAAAAAAAGCUACCGUAUCCAAGUAGAGACAGUUCAAAAAUAUUUCUUUGAUUGGAAAGAGAUUCCAAUUGUUUAUGGAUUUGGUUAUAUUGAAUAUGAAACUGAUGGACUCCCCGAGGAUAAGACUACACCCAACCUGAUGCACCCAGAAUGUACACAAAACAAGAAAUGUACCGUUUUGAACUGUCCAUUCCAAGAAUGGAUGGCUCAACCAAACUUCACAUGUAUCUCAUAUGAUAAGUUGGAAAAUCCAAAUCCAGAAAAAAUCGAGGCCGAGAUUCUUCAAGCAACACAAUUUAAUGGAGGAUUCGAGGAGCAUUUUAUCAACAUGCACCAUGACUCUCAAAUGGAUCAAUUCUUAUUCCAAUUCCCAUGGGGUAUUCCAUAUUAUCAUGAUGGUGACAUGGAAACUAUUUCAACGUCGUGCAGUCAAACUGCUUGUGCCAACAACUCAAUGUCAGAUCUCGAUACAACAUGUCGUUGUUUCUAUCAUUUGGAGCAUAAAUUAAAUAAUAUUGUGCAAAUAACCCUUUAUAAUAUGGGACUUGGUGGUGCAAUGGGAACUGGUUAUGCUCAUCCAUUCCAUCUUCAUGGACAUCAUUUUUAUGUGAUGAAAGUUGGAUGGCCAUCGUAUAAUGGAUCUGGAUUUAUUGAUCAAAUGAAUCAAGAUAUUGAUUGUCCUGGACGAGAUGUUAGUUGUAAUGGAAAGAAAUGGAGAAAUAAAGAUUGGUUAGGUGGAGCAUUAGAAGCAAUGAAUACUAAGAAUCCAACGAAAAGAGAUACUAUUACAUUGCCAGUUGGAGGAUAUAUCACUAUUCGAUUCCGUGCUGUAAAUCCAGGAUGGUGGUUUGCUCAUUGUCACUUGGAACUUCAUUUAAUGGGUGGAACUGGAUAUGCAUAUAAGGUUGGUGAUCAAAAUCAAAUCUACAUGCCACCUGACAAUUUCCCGCAUGAUUGUGGUGUCUUCAAAGUUGAUAAAUUACCAGAAUUAAGGCUUCCAACUCAAAAAUCUUCGAAUAUCCCAUACACUUUCAUUGCUGUGUGCCUAGUUCUUAUUAUUGAUAGAAUAUUUCACUGAUAAUUGAUAAUUUUGAUGAUUAGAAUUUGAACUUUACUCAGCUUGAUGUCAUAUUGAUAUUAAUAAAUGAACGUGUGCCUGAAA